UUUAUUAUGGCUCCUCAGUGUCUGUGUCAUGACCGUCGCACGGAGUUUUGUCUUUAAACUCCAUCAUGCGUCGCUACGGUCGCGCACUGACGCUGUGCACGGUGUUCGCCGUCUUCUCGGGUCUGUACGUUUACAACAAGCUGCAGGACACGGGCGCGUCUGCGGGAGGAACCGGGCCGAAGAGGGGCUUCAUCCCGGUGCCCGGAGCCGGACGAGGGGCCGCGGACAAAACUGGGCCCCGAAACCUUCACUGGUACAUCAUUCGUCAGCGGGGUCAGUCGGAGACCGGCGGCACCAGCGUCCAGAGUGAACCCGAGCCCCCCAUGCACCUGGCUGUGGUGGCCUGUGGUGAGCGGCUGGAGGAGACCCUCACCAUGAUCAAGUCUGCUGUGCUUUUCAGCAUCAGACUUCUCCACCUGCACAUCUUUGCUGAAGAUCAGCUACACGCCAGCUUCAUGGAAGCAUUGGAGUCGUGGCCGGGAUUCAUUCGCUCCAGGUUCAAAUACACAGUUUAUUCCAUCAGCUUCCCCAGUGACAACGCAGUCGAGUGGAAGAAACUCUUCAAACCCUGCGCUUCUCAGAGGCUCUUCUUACCCCUGAUCCUGAAGGACAUCGACUCGAUCGUAUACGUGGACUCGGACAUCCUCUUCCUGCAGCCCGUAGACCAUCUGUGGGCGUUCCUGCCACGCCUCAAUUCCUCCCAGUUGGCGGCCAUGGCCCCCGAGCACGAGGAGCCCCGCAUCGCCUGGUACAACCGCUUCGCCCGCCACCCUUUCUACGGCAGGACGGGCAUCAACUCGGGGGUCAUGCUCAUGAACAUGACGAGGAUGAGGAACACGUUCUUUAAGAACGACAUGACGUCUGUGGGGCUGCGUUGGGAGGAGCUGCUGAUGCCUCUGCUCCAGAAAUACAAGCUGAACAUAACCUGGGGGGACCAGGACCUUCUCAAUAUCAUUUUCCACCACAACCCUGAGACGUUGCUGGAGUUUCCGUGCCAGUGGAAUUAUCGUCCCGAUCAUUGCAUCUAUGGCAGCAACUGUGCUUCAGCAGAGGAGGAUGGCAUCUACAUACUGCACGGAAACAGAGGGGUUUACCACGACCACAAGCAGCCCGCCUUCCGAGCUGUUUACGAGGCCAUACGAAAAUUUCCAUUUGGCGCCGACCCAGUGACAAAUUUGUUGGAUCCUCUAGAAGAGGAACUGCUGAAGACGACACACACGUACUGUGGUAAAUCCUACGCACUCUUCACAAAGAGACUGGCACACAGCCUGGCUAACACCAACAGGAAGGCUCCACGUGGACGAUGACAAACAACAAGCUCAGCCACCAAGAUAAGGACAAUGUCUUAUGGUGGCUGAACAUCCUUCCUUACGUUCCUGGGGAGGAAGUUGAACUCUCCCAAACUGAUUGAAGCUUGCCUGCUUUAGACAGCAGGUUUUUAAAUGAUGUACCACUAAAGCUUGAACUGGCAUUGGUUCAAAAAAUCAGGGAUGUACCUUUGAUUCUGUGGAACAAGUAGAGUUUCUCCACAGCUAAAUCUCCAACAAAUCUACCAAUAUGCAAUUAUUAGGAGUUGGUUCAUCCAUAUAAACACUUGGGGGCGCUAAUUCUCCAGUAAUUUCUUUCAUCAAUCAAUUGGAGGAAUGUUAGUCUCCUUAAAUAUUUGAUGUUCUUGUUUACUGGCAAAUAUAUUUUGUCUCAUCAGUGCAGCAGAAACAUCAUUGAACGUUUAAGCCACAUAUUCCAUGUAUGUCUUGAUUUAUCUGCAAAGUUUGUUUCCAAUGCACUUUGUUUCAGUUGAACAUGAACGUUUUUUCUCCCCUUAUAUUUUCUGUUUCCACAAAAAAAGUGGAUGGAAACCACCUAAAGAGGUAGCUGAUGCUGUCUGAGACUGUUCACCUCUAAGUUCCUCUGGAUAAGAGCGUGAUGUAAAUGCCUGAAAUCUACUGUAAAUGUAGUGUAGGCCAGUUUGUAGCUAAAUACGAAAUUUAGCAGUCGCUCUAAACUUUAAUACAAAUGUGUGCAUGUGUUUUUAUAUUUUACUGACAACUGGAGAUCCUCAUCUCUCAGUGCCUUUGGCUCUCGACUGAAGGUGCGAGAGCAGCUCUUGACUUUCCAUAUUGGAGAAUUUAUUAAACAUUGUGAAGCACUCUUAUUAAAAGAGGCAAACCAUAAGAGAACUGGAGAGAAGAUGCACUGGACCACUUUCAACCUUCAGAAACCACUCCUUCUGGAAUUGUUCUGCAUUUAUUGAAACCUGUUUGCUCAAGUAAACAUUUCACACAAGUUACCUUAACAUGGCAGGCAGAUACAUUUCAUCAUGCUUUAUACAAGAAUGAUGAACAUUGCUGCUGAAUCAUUAGACACCUCAGACUAUUGUUGUGUCAACCAGACUCAUUGUGCUACACAGUGACCACUUUAACAUGGACACCAAUAUGCCGACUGUUGACCUUCCGACAUUAUUUCAAUUAUAUUACUGAUAUUAUUCUAAUUUACAUGUUGACUGCCAUCAUUACGUCCACUAUGCAAUGCACGUCCGUUAUUCUGCCAAUUUUAAAACACUCACCUGAAGUAGUAUGAUGUUACAGUUUACCAUUUUCAGUGUUUUCUUUCUAAUUUUGCAAAAGCUUAUACUCCUUAUUUUCUUCUUGAUUACACCAAGGUCAUGUCAAGUAACUUGUUUGUUCAUAAAUGGACGUACAUGUCUGCAUCACUAAGGUUGGAAUAUUCAUUCUGUCUAAAUUUAAUUAUUGCUUAACGAGUGUGACCUUAAAAAAAGCUGUUUACAUGGCAGAAUCUAAUACAGACUAUUAAUAUUCUCUACUAAUAUUGGUUUCCAUGUAAACGUGGUGACUGUUUAGCUGCCAUACAUUAACAUUCACAAUACAGAAAAACUACUAUUGAACAUGUGAAUAAGCUACAAGUUCCCUCCUGACGCCAAAGUUUUAUUGUUUUAUUACUGUUAUUCUUUUUUUUGCACCGGUGAAUGUAUUUUGUACACUAAGGGAUUAAAUGUUGUAAAUAACUGUUAUGACUUUCGGUGUUUGGUAUAAAGUGAGAAAAUGCUUUGUGUCUUAACUUUGUUUAUUCGUCACUGCUGGAAUUGCAAUGUCUUUUUUACAUUAAAGAUUUAUUCUGUUUUUCUA